CCCACUUUAAUUACAUACAAAAACUUAUAUUUUCACACAAAAUCUCCUUUGCCUUGUCUUCUUUGACCCCAUCCAUCUUCUUUCAUCAAAAUCCAUUUCUUUCAUUCCAGCCUUAAGUUAUGGACGUGGAUGGCACAUUACCUGCAGAACCCUUGGAUCCCUUAGCGAGGUGCUGCUUGUGUUGUAGAGUCCUUCCAUCUGAGGUCGAGACCGUUAGGGACAUUGAAGCUAUCAAUGUAUGUGCAGAUUGUAAGUAUUUGUUUCUUGAGAAUCGUAGAACCCCACAGAGGUAUUCGAGCAGUCUAGAUUCCAUCCAAAAUAUGUUGUCACAACAGUUCCGAGAUGCAAUCUCUGACCAUGGCAGUCAAUCAAGAGACUGGACAGGAUCUGAUACAGAAAGUGAUGGUUUUGAUUCUGUUCUCGGGGAGGGUAAUAUCUUUUCGUAUGCUGCAAAUGUAAGUGAUUCCGAUGCUUCUGUUGAUAGUCUUCUUGAUAAUAGUGUGCCUGCUGCUCAUCCAAAUGCAAGAAGUUAUGUUGACAGUGAAACAGAUGAUGAUCAAUUUGAAGGAGUUGAAGGUGGUGAAAGCCUGCUUGGAAGUUUAGGGGGCAGAAUUCAACUGCAUAGAUCAUUAGCAACCAACGGAAGAAAUCUCCCAGCUGAUUGGCUUAGCGAGAUUCUUUCUGAUGAGGGUAUAAGAAAUAUUGAAAGGAGACGACUUUUUGGCAUCUUAGAAGAGCAAGAAACAUUGCGUGGAGACUACGUUGACGCCGAGGCCGACAUUUCUCGGAGAGGAGCACUUCCUACCGCUCUUUUGUUUGUGAAGAAUCUUCAGCUAGUGGCUGUAGAUAAAGAAUUAGUAUGUGUGAUUUGUAAGGAUAACGCGUGUGUUGGUACUGUAAUGAACAAACUUCCUUGUGGUCAUGUGUACCAUCCUUCGUGCAUUAUGCCAUGGUUAAAUGUGCGGAAUACUUGUCCGCUAUGUCGAUAUGAGCUCCCAACGGAUUAUGAGAAAGAACGGGGUGCAGAUGAAUAUAUCUUUCCUGUAGCUCACAGUGCGAGUUCAGGGGUAAAAUGGUGGUUUGUAGCGGCUCCACUGGUGAGUGUGGUGGCUAUGGGUGUCGUAGUGUGGUUGCGAAGUGGCGUAUUUGAUGGUCAAAGAGAUGUCAGAAGCAGCGGGAGAUGGUGGCCUCUGCUGUAAAUGAGUAGUUUUAUUUUUUUUUAUAUAUAAGGGGUUGUACAAAUUUUGUUAAACGAUCAUAGUAAAUCAUUUGUAAUCUGGUAAAAAAAAUCAAUAAGAUCCACAAUUCCACA